AUGCAGAGGGACAGAGACGGACGUGGUGGAAGCGGAGGACGCCAGAGCGGCAGCAUCACAGGAAACGAGACAGAAGGCUUGUUUACCUCCAACUUUUCUGGUCACAGCAGCAGCGGUGGCGGUGGAGGAGGAGGAGGAGGAGGACGUGUUCACCGUGGAGCCAGCAGUGGUCGCUCUGACCGGAGACGUGGUGGCGCAGGCGGUGGUGGUGGUCGCAGAGUCGGUGGCCUUCGUGGCACAUCUGCCAACCUCCCGCAUACAAGAACCACUGGUGGAGACCUCGAUGGCGAUUUGGACAUGGGUGAAAAAAAGAAGAGCUUUAACCCUUACCAACGACCCGGGAGAAGCACCCGAUCUGGUCCAACGGCACAGUCUAUUUCGACAGACGACGAUUUCAUCAUCUUUGUGAGCGCCACUGGCAACAGCAUUGGAACGGACUCUGGACUGGAUUCAUUUCUUACUCGCAAGGCCGGCGUGAAGCUCGAUAUCACUAACAAAAAACCAAGCGCAGACAACAACACUGUUUCAUUCAAACUCCCCAACGUCGAACAAGCAAGAGCCGUCCGAAAUCUGAAUGGAAUCAAGUACAGGCGCGCUAAGUUGAUUAUCAAGUCGACAGGAGACCAAAGGAUCAUGGAAGAUUCGACCCGCUCAGCAGCCCCUCGACUCUCGUCAUCAGCAGGCACCAUUGACGCCAUUCGGACAUUUGUCCGGUCACGACACCAGAACGGAUUCCUGGACUUGGAAAGCAUGGCUGCCGACCCAACCUUGCGCGCCGCGUCUAUUAUCCCUCCUGGAGGCAAAACAAGUUCUAGCCAAGUGGGAGCCGUCCUCAUGAAGGUUGCCUCCGAGCUUUUCCCUGAUAUCACAACUAUCUCUUUGGCGUCCAACAAGUUGAGAUCCAUGCAACCAAUCUCCUCCAUCACUCAGUUCUUCCCCAAGCUCCUAAAUCUCUCUCUCAAAGACAACGACAUCACUGAUAUGAAGGAUCUGGUGUACAUUUCGGGACCAAAGAAACUGACCAACCUGAGAGAGUUGAUCCUCUUGGAUAAUCCUAUCCGUGAUCGCGCCAUUGAAAAGAAUAAGGACGACUUUUCGUACCGGAGCGACAUCACCAAGAUGUUCCCAUCAUUGCAAGUGCUCGACCAAACGCCUGUUACUUCUAGCAAGAUUUCCUUCGGACUUGGCGAUCUAGUGGUUGCAGAAAAGAAUACAGCGACUUUGCCCGUCCCAAUCAAGGGCAACUUUUACGACUCUCCUGGAACUCAAGCCAUGGCGGAAGAGUUCCUCUCCAGCUUCUUCAACCUCUACGACACCAAUCGGAGAGCACUUGAGGCAAUGUACGACAGCAGCGCUACCUUUUCCUACGUGGCGGAUAUGACCAUCUCCAAUCUCCAGCGGCUGAAGGGAUUGAGGGGCGACCGAUGGGAUCGUUACGUGGAUGGAUCCCGCAGCCUCUCUCGCGUAAAAGAGUUGGAUGAGCGCACCAAGAGGAUUCAUGUCGGAAACACUGACAUUUUGAAGGAAGGCAUCCUUAAAUUACCCAAGACCAAGCACCAAUUGAACGAUGCCUCCAAGGUCUGCGUCGACGCCUGGCAAACAGGAGGCCUGCUCCCUGCGAUCUGUAUCUACAUCAUGGUCCACGGAGAGUAUGAGGAGUCCUACAGCUCACGCUCAGUUGUCAAGUCGUUUGACCGAUCAUUCAUCAUCGCACCCGCUCCACCCAACUCUCAAGCCAGCUUACACGGAUGGAAGUGCAUUAUUAUCUCGGAUCAGCUGAUCGUACGCCACCACAAUGGACCAAAAGCGUGGGAGCCAGAGGCCGACCCUAAUGCCCCCAAGCCUGUCGCCCUCGGCCCUCAAGCUGGCGUUGCAACAGGCGGGGUUACUCCAGGAGCUGUCGCACCCGGCACAGCACCAGCACCAGCCGUCCAAGGCGUCCAACCUGAUCCCCAACAGACCCCCAUGGCUGGCAUCACUGCGGAACAGCAUGUGAUGGCGCAGGAGCUGCAGCGCCAAACAGGCCUCAAUUACCCAUAUGCAGUGCAAUGUUUGGCGGCUGUUGCUUGGGAUUUUACAGCGGCAAUCGCAUUGGUGAACCAGGAGCGGGCCAACAUCCCAGCAGACGCAUGGCAGGCUCCUCGUUUUUAA